CCCGGCGCCGCCGAGGGCCGGGGGUGGCGCUUAUGGUUUUUGCCCGGCGCCCGCGCGCCCCGCUGCCACUCUGGCUGCUCUCCGGGUGGCUGCGCGCGUGGCGCGGGCUCUGCGCUCCGGCCAUGGCUCCGCCGCGCUGCUUCGCUCUGGAGCUGACCGACUGCACUUUGGCUCACUUCGCUCUGGGCGCCGAGGGCUCGGACGCGUGUCCGGACCCCCGCCUUUCUGAGCUGCUGGGGCCCCCGGGGCGCAGCUACUCCCUGUGCGUGCCGAUGGCCGCGGGCGACGACUGCGGGGCCCGAGUCCACGCGGCGCGGGUGCACCAGAGCCUGCAGCACCAGCUGCGCCGCGGCCCCUUCCAGCGCUGCCAGCUGCACAGGCUGCUCUGCUACUGCCCAGGCGGCCAGGCGGAAGGCGUGCAGCACGGCUUCCUGCUUCGCGACCCCAGCGAGGGCCAGGACACCCGGCGCGCUCUGCUAGAGCUGCUGAGCAGGUGCCAGGAGGCUGCGCGCCCGCACCUGGGCGAGUUCGAGGCGGACUCGCAAGGCGUCCUGUGGCAGCGAGCCUGGGUACUGCAGGAGAGCAGGCAGCUGCAGGUGGGCUGCGCACGCGUCCUGCCCAUCCCGGAGCCCCCGCUGCAUCCAGCGGUGCCCCACCUCCUCAGCUCCGCGGUUUUCCGGGACCUGGACACUGCCCGGGCUGUUUUAGAGACGUGUACGUCUAUUCCGGAAGCCAAGGCGGUGCUUGACCUGGUUGACCAGUGCCCAAGGCAGGUCCAGAAAGGAAAGUUUCCGGUCAUUGUCAUCGAAGGACUAGAUGCCACUGGUAAGACCACGGUGACCCAUGCAGUCUCUGAGUCCCUCCAGGCUGUCCUCUUAUACUCACCACCCUCUUGCAUCGGCCAAUGGAGGAAAAUCUUUGAUGAUCAACCAACUAUUAUUAAAAGAGCAUUUUACUCUUUGGGCAAUUACAUCGUGGCAUCUGAAAUAGCUAAGGAAUCUACUAAGUCUCCUGUGAUUGUAGACAGGUUCUGGCACAGCACAGCCACCUACGGCAUAGCCACCGAGCUGAGCGGGGGUCUGCAGCACCUGCCGCCCGCCCACCACCCUGUGUACCAGUGGCCAGGGGACCUGCUCAAACCAGACCUUGUCCUGCUGCUCACCGUGAGUCCUGAGGAGAGGGCGCAGAGGCUGCGGGACCGGGGCCUGGAGCAGACCAGGGAAGAGGCUGAACUGGAGGCCAACAGCGUAUUUCGUCAGAAGGUGGAGGCGUCCUACCGACGGAUGGAGAAUCCCCGCUGCCUCGAGGUGGACGCCAGCCCCUCGAGAGAGGAGGUCCUGCAGACCGUUCUGCGCCUGAUCCGAGCCACUUUCAAUGACUCAUAGGCCCUCUGCUCACCAGAGCAGUGUCGUUUGUUAGAUCCAGGACUGCGUUUGGCACGUGGCUCCCCGUGUUACGUUGCACGGGUACAUCACACGGCAGAAAACAGGAGACGGGCAUUUGAUUUCACUCAGCCAUUGUGCUCUCUUCUGGCUGCAGGACCUGGCCAGCUUGUGCCUGGCAGUGCUCCAAAGGGACUGGCCAGUGCUUUCUGCCCAGAAUGUGGAAAAUCUCCUCAAACCAUGUUUUUAACUUCAUCACUAUCAGAUUCCUCAAGGAUGUGUCUUACCCAGAAAGUGUCACAUGUACAGAAGCACCAGGAAGAUCUUCGAGGCCCCUUCUGGCACACACCUGCUUGACUAGCACGUGACCUCGCAGCCAUGACUUCCAAACCGGUGGCACCACAUCUCCCAGCCUAGCACUUCCACGCAGCGCGGCCGUUCAAGGUCAUUCCUACCGAGCUGUUGGUGCUGGGGACACUUACAGAGAAGGCAGCAACCUGUGUCCGAGGCUCCGAGCCCCUUGGGUGGGGCCCUGGGAUCGCUCUCAACUGAACAGGGAGCUGAGCAGCCGAGCCGCUCUCAUGCUCUCACGCAGGCGCUCCAGCCUUCUGUGCGCCCGCUUCCCUCCCUUCCUUUGAAAUGCGGCUCAGAAUGUAGUGAGCAGUCUGCGCGAGCUGCUUGCCUUUCCUUAGCCAAUCCAGCAGUUUAUUUAUAUUGAUGUUUACAUCAUGUGUUUUCUCAGUGUAGGAGCUAUGAGUCACUAAUUAAAAUUGAAGUCAACAAGCUAAAUGCAAUGUUUGUUGUGUAUUUUUACUGCACAAAUUUAGUUUAUCUUUCACAGUGAGCACAGUGCGUCCUGGAAUGGGUUUUCUUGAUAAAUUAUCUUGCACUGGAAUGUCUUGGGAUUGCAUAUGGAGUCAGCUUUGAGAUCUGUUUGGCUAGAAGAGGGUAGCUGAGAAAACAGGGACUUAAUGACUCUGUGGCCUUGGUUGAGUCAUGGAACUUCAAAUAGUCUGUGUUACUUGAUCUGAAAAGGGACAAAAGUUCUUGGUCUUAGGAGAUGCUUGAACUAGGAGAUGCUAGAAUUCCUUCUAGUUCUAAGGUGAUGAAUCUGUAAAUUAUUUGAUCCUGUCUACCAUUUCUUAAGAAAACUUCACCCCAAAAUAAUCAGAUGUAAGUCCUUCCCAGGUUUAUCAUAGGGCAUCUUUAAUUAUAAUCCAAUUUAGUAAUAACAUCAUACUAUUUUUCAAAUGAACUAUAGAUAAUUUAUACACAAUAUAUUUGUCUAUAUAAAUUAUACAGUUGGUUUCAGUUGAAAGUAUUUUUAAAGCCGGUAAAUAAAAUCAGGACUCUUUGCAAUGUAAUAUCUAAUUAUAUUGUUGGUUUUAUUUACUUUAAACAUUUUUAAAGUUUUUGCUGGCAACCUAAAAAAAUAGUCACCUAAUGCUUUAUGUC